ACAACUUUUUCCAUAUAGUAUAUUGUUGUUUACUACUUAGGCUGUUUCUAAGAAAGCUAUAAGCAGUUAACUGCAAACCAGGGCAAACACGGGUCCAUAAGGUUGGGAACACCAGCAGACUGUGUGUUAAAACAUGAGAGCAACAUUACACAAACUAAAAACAGAACUGAAAGAAGUCUAACAACAUACACCAACCCUACUUUGAUUUCAGAACAGUUUAAAAGUGAUAUUCCAUCUAAAGCAGAAAUAUUUUGUUCCUACUUUAGGCUAAGUAGGAAGACCUGCAAAGAGAAAGGCUACAAUCAUUUCAGCCACUGAGCUCCUCUUUAUACGGCUACAUCUGGACCUUCCCAUAAAACCAAAAUAUCAUCCACAAACCUGUAGUGUACAACCAAAAGGCUUGAAUGACAGCUGGAGCUUGAAAUGCCUGAGCGCGCUGAAUACCACCCGAUUAGAUGGGACUGAUGCACGAUUCAGUAGAGAGGGUGGCGAUUACACAAGGGUGAUCCUGCACGCGGGGGAGGUAGCACAGACAUCUAGCACUGAUCAUUGAGGUGAAGGUUGGAUACCGAACACGGAGGAGGAAGAUCGAAGAUCGACCAUGGGUUUGUGUCUUAAACGAGAACAUUGGAAGAACAGCUACUAUUUAAUUGUCUGUAUUAUUUUUUUCCUGCCAUCUGUUAUUUUAGGGUGGACUGUAAAAAAAUGCAGUGUUGCAGAUAGUUCUGUGCAACUUCGUGAUCCCAAUUUUGGCAAACGUUGUGCUUUGUAUAAUAAUGCAACUUCCCUGGCCUUGUGUGCUAAUGUUACAAAUAUAACUGCUGACAUAUCAGAUGUUCCCUCAACAAUUGAAAUCCUCUGUCUUUCUGGCAGCAACAAGUUCAUUCAAGGUGGCACCUUUGCUAAUUUUAAGAGGAUCAUAUACUUAUUCAUGAAGAUGCCUUUGGCAGGAAUUUACCCAAAUGCCUUCAAAGGACUGGAUAAUCUGGAAUCUCUCUCAAUCUCAUUUCUUGGCCGUUCAAUGUGCAAUAAUCUCUCUUUACCCACGGAUGUCUUUAGCAAUUUACACUCUUUGAAACAGCUCACCCUAGAAGGAUUUAAAUUGUUCAAAAGCAUGAGAAUCAAUCUGCCUUCUUUUACAUUUCUCUAUUCCCUUGCACUUCCUGCAAACUGCAUCACUGACUUGUUUCAUGUGUUUCAUAUCUUCCAAAACGUUGUCUUUAUACAUAACUUAGAUGUGGGUUCUAACAAAAUCGAGAGUGUCAAUAUUCAGCACAUACAAAAUAUAAGUCUGCCAAACAUAACAGAGCUUGUAUUGGAGAAAAAUCCCUUAAAAGUCAUCCAGCGAAAAGCCUUAGCAAGAUUUGAUAUACGUCUUUUGAAUCUUGGUUUUACAAAGUUACAUUUGGAAGACAUCUUGAACUGUGGAACAGAGAAAUUACAAAGUUUGAGUCUUACUUCUGCCUGUAGGAAUGCAAUUAACAAAACACAUAUUUUGUGCUCAAUAGCGGAUAGAUUUCAGCUCAAAUUACUCAGUGCACCCGUCAACCGAUUCUCUGGAAUUUACACAAAAGACUUUUUAGGUUGCUCUUCUCUUGAAUUCCUCAACUUAAACCAUAAUCAUAUACAUAUUGUAGACCCUGAGUUACUAUACAUAUUGCCAAAGUUAAAACAGCUUCAUUUGUCAUUUACCCUUAUUCCUAUGAAUCUAUGCCCAUUAUCGUAUAAAAAUAAUUUUACAUCAAGUCUAGAAGUGCUGUAUUUUAUUAGCAACAAUAUCCCUGUAUUAAAAAACAGACAAUUCUUUUGCAUGACUAAACUUACAGAUUUAAUUCUAGCUACAAAUGGCAUAGAACACAUUGAAGAAUCCGCUUUUUGGGGGCUGAAUAAUUUGCAAUUAUUAGAUCUAAGAAACAACAAACUUACCUCUUUACAAAUUAGCUCUUUAUCAGGGCUUUCUAACUUAAGGGAACUCUAUAUACAAAACAAUGUGUUGGAAAGUAUCCAAAGAUUCUCUUUAAAAAGGCAAACUAAACUCCGCCUUGUGAAAAUGGACUUUGUGUCUGUUUCUGUUAGUUUUGAACUGUUUCCAAACACAGAGACAUUAGACAUCCAGACAACUGGUAAAUAUAUAACUGUAUAUAUGAAUGACACUGCAGCUUCCUCUUUGAAAUCACUGAGUGUGAAUGGAAGUCAGGUCAUUUUAGAUAUUAAGUGUGGCCAUCCAUUUUUUUCCACCAUAAGGGAACUAAAAUUAUUUACCACUAAUAAAUUAAUUUCAUGCUCUCAUCAUGGCCCCCCGCUGCAGCACUUUAAGAAUCUGACAAAUCUACAAUACCACUUUAGUGGCGUACCUUUGACUGGAAGUGUCAAUUUUUCAAACCUUCCUUAUCUGAUAAGUUUAGAAAUAGAAAACCUUGCGACAGCUCUUGACCCCAAAGUCCCUCAUAACGAUCUUUUCCAUAAACUAUAUAAACUGGAAAUUCUCAAGCUUUCCAAUUGUGGCUUUAAAUACUUCACUGCCAUGCUUUUCAAAGACAUGAUAUCUCUCAAAGUUCUUGUGCUGAAGAAUGAAAUGAUUCUGGCAAUGGACCCAGGAUUACAGAAUAUACUGAGUCCAGUUCAAUUCAUAUAUUUGUAUGAUGUGACAUUUCAAUGUGAAUGUGAAAAUUCUUGGUUUGUUACCUGGGCACUGAAAGACAAACAUACAUUUGUAUCAGGGAUCUGUUCUUUAUUUUGCCUUAAUCUUAAUAAGAAGUAUAACCUGGUGGAUUUUGACGAAAGGAGCUGCAGACUGGAAAUGGGGUUCAUGUUAUUUAUAGUAACAUUAACUUCAUUAGUUUUGUUUAUUGUACUAACUUUGCUCUACAAUAUUUUCAAUUCAGAAAUCAUCCAACUUUUUUACGUGUUUCAAAUUUGGCUAAAGAAGCUUAGGGGUAAAACAAACAACCCCACUGCAUAUGAAUAUGAUGCCUUUGUUUCUUACUGCAGCAGGGAUCAAGGCUGGGUUGUAAAGUACCUUGUCCCUAAUUUAGAAGAAAAGGGAAGAAAUACUGUAAACCUGUGUUUGCACAACAGGGAUUUUCUGGUUGGAAAAGAUAUUGUGGAUAACAUAAUGGACAGUAUCUACAAGAGUAGGAAGACCAUCUGCUUAAUUAGUUACAAUUACUUACAGAGUGACUGGUGCUCUUUAGAAAUGAGGAUGGCCACCUAUAAGUUACUGGCUGAGAAAAACGAUGAUCUGAUUUUAAUAUUUUUGGAAAACAUUUCUGAUUAUCAUUUGUCGGCAUAUCACAGAUUAGCCAGGAUCGUGAGAAAGAAAACGUACAUAGACUGGCCUCAAGAAGAAACCGAGCAAGCUGAAUUCUGGGAGAGGCUGAGAAUGACAGUUCUGGAGACUAUGGAAAAUUAAGCGAACUGUAUGGGGAUAUGCAGUUAUGGCACCUGGAUGGACAAACAUUUCAUAUCCAUGGGUGAUAUAGGGUUUCUCUUAAAUUACAUCAGUCAGGAUUUGCUGGGUUUCAAAAUCUGGACUCUGUGCUGAGUUACUUGUGUACUUACCUGUUGUUGGAGGUCGUUAGUGGUGUCUUAUUCUUAUUGUUCCUGUUAUACUCCUGUCUUCUAUUUUAUCUCUCCGCUCAUCUCAUUAUCCCCAUCUGUAUUUCAUUAUCCAAUCCUGCCCCUUUAUACGCUUGACCUUUGCCCAGUGCUUGGUUAUUAAGCUGAUCUUGCCUCUGGUUCCUGUGUUUUCUGAUCCUGUUCCAAGUUCCUAGUUCUCGUGACCCCCUCUGGUUCCUUGUUCCUGAUUCCAAGUCCUUUUCUAGUUCCUGCCUUGUUCCUGUACCCUUUUGUAUUCCUCCUUGCCCUGCUUUUGGAUUCCCCGGUUCUUAAUCCUGGCCUGUCCCUAGACUUUGCUUGUCUGCCGCCUGCCUCAACUCUUUGGCCUGAUUCUGUACUAUGUCUCUGCCUGCCGCUUUCUACUAUUUCAAGUUUGUACAUACAUUGCGAGCACCAUUACUUCCAUGAGUUUAUUAAAGUAUUCUUUCACCAUUAUCAUGAAUUCUGACCUCAGUAAUGCUGUGUAUGGUUACACCCUGGGUUACCCAGUCUUUAGACUCCCAACUUCCUGGUUCUCCAUGAUGUCUCCCCAGGGAAGAUAUGAUGAUAUGCCUAGAUAACUGCUCUAUCCUGACCCAUGUACUGCUGAGUUGUUAUAGACCUUUAUAUGAUAUUAAUAUACAGCAAUGAUGAAAAAUGAUGUUUCUUGUCUAGUAAAUGCUUAAUUUUGCUGUCAGUGGACCUAAUUUGGCUACAGAGCAUGAAAAAUAGGAAUAGGUUUUGGGUGGACAACCAUCCCUCCAUCAGACCAGUAAAUGUUACCUACUGAUUGGUAGCUAUAGGUUACUAGACCAGUAGCAAACUUAAAGGAUAGGUA